UUUCCGUCUCUCACGCCUUUAUAACUUCUCUCUCCCUUUCACAACUUCUCAGUCCUCCCCCUUCUUCACCCCCCUCCUAAAUCGUGUCUCACUUCAACAACAAUCUAUUGUGUCUCUUCUUGUCGGAAAUUAAAAUUGAGCACUUUUUGAUUUCACAACUGUCUUUUCUUCUCCUUCUUCUUGUUCUUCUGCUUGGCCUACAACUCUGUUUCUGCGAUCCCUGUUCCGUUAUGAGCCUUUCUCCAAGCUGAUCGUUCAUUCCCAAGCUCGAUCAGUUCUCCGUUCAAGAAAAGUUUGGUUCUUUCCGACCCACCGCCAUGGUCGACAGCAACGCCGUCGACUCUAAUGAAUGCAAGAAGGUUGUUCCCCUCAACACAUGGAUUCUGAUAUCCAAUUUCAAACUUGCUUACAACAUGCUUAGACGGCCAGAUGGUACGUUUAACCGUGAUUUGGCCGAGUUUCUUGAAAGGAAGGUCCAGCCGAACACGAUCCCGGUCGAUGGGGUCUACACUUUUGAUGUUUUGGACCGGGCCACAAAUCUCCUUAGCCGAAUAUUCAGACCCGAACCGGAGAAUGAGGCUGAUUGGGGCAAAGUUGAUCUUGAGAAGCCUUUGAGUACCACCGAGAUUGUUCCCGUGAUCAUCUUCUUCCAUGGCGGGAGCUUCACUCAUUCUUCCGCGAAUAGCGCCAUUUACGACACAUUUUGUCGCCGCAUUGUCAAGAUUUGCAAGGCCGUGGUGGUUUCCGUUAACUAUAGGCGGUCGCCGGAGCAUAGGUACCCUUGUGCUUAUGAUGAUGGGUGGACGGCUCUUAAUUGGGUUCAUUCAAGGCCGUGGUUGAAGAGCGGGGAAGAUGGUAGGGUCCACGUCUACUUGGCGGGCGAUAGUUCUGGUGGGAACAUCGCCCACCAUGUGGCGGUGAGGGCUGCAGAGUCAAAUGUAGAUGUGUGUGGCAACAUACUCCUCCAUCCAAUGUUUGGUGGGAAGAAGAGGACGGAAUCAGAGGCGCGUUUGGAUGGGAAAUACUUUGUUACGGUUCAGGACCGGGAUUGGUAUUGGAGGGCCUAUUUACCCGAAGGGGAAGAUCGGGACCACCCGGCUUGUAAUAUAUUCGGGCCUCGGGGAAUAAGCCUUGAGGGGUUAGAUUUCCCAAAGAGCCUUGUUGUCGUGGCGGGCCUUGAUCUAUCACAAGAUUGGCAACUAGCUUAUGUUGAAGGGCUUAGAAAGAGUGGGCAAGAUGUGACGCUGUUGUUUUUAAAGGAGGCGACGAUCGGGUUUUAUUUCUUGCCGAACAACGACCAUUUCUUCACUCUCAUGAAGGAAAUAACCCAUUUUAUUCAUCCAUCUUAACUCUUCAUAGGUUAGAAGAGGAUCUGCAGAAUGACUUGUUAGUUUUAGGACUCUUGCAGAAAAUGUUCAAAGGUUGAGUUGGUUGUGACCUUUGGAUGUGGGCAGAAGCAGCCGGUUUUGAGCUUUCCUGGUCUCUAUUUAUCCGUAUCUAGAAGUAGUAACCCACCUUAUGAGUGGUUUGGUUUUUCAGCUUAAAAAAAACUAAUUUUAGAAUAUGGAUUUGGGAGAGUCCAUGCUGUUGUAAACAUGUUUAUGUAUACAUGUGCAUUAGAAAGUCUUUCGUUUGUAGUAUUUCCCUUUCCCCAUUACUACCAUAAAACAUUUAGUCUUUUAUAUGUGUAUAUAUAUAUAUUCAUAUUUCAAUAUGGUGUAGUGAUUUGUCCCUCUCCAAUA